UCUCUUAGUCAUUCAUCAACCACUCAUCCCUCACAUGGCUUCUUCCUUCCAUUUCUUCUCUCUCAUCUUCUUCUCUCUCCUGUUUCUCUCACCCUCCCAAGCUAAAAGUAAAAACUCUUUCCACCCCCAUGCCCUCCUCCUCCCUGUUCAAAAAGACCCUUCUACCCUCCUAUACACUACCCAACUCAACCAGAGGACUCCUCAAGUCUCGGAAAACUUAACUCUAGACCUUGGUGGCCAGUUCUUAUGGGUAGACUGCGAAAAUGGAUACUCCUCCACCACCUACCGCCGUGCACGGUGUAGCAAAAAUAGGGGUGAGCUAUUCCCCGAAAACACCGUCAUUAGCGCCGCCACGAGCGGCGAGCUUGGCUCCAACGUCGUUUCGAUUCAGUCCACGGACGGGACGAACCCCGGCAGGGUUGUUUCUGUUCCUCAUUUCCUCUUUGUUUGUGGCCCCACGUUCCUCUUGAAAGGUCUUCCAAGUGGUGUAAAGGGCAUGGCAGGACUAGGAAGGACCGAAAUCUCACUCCCUUCCCAAUUCUCUUCUCAUUUCAGCUUCAACAAAACGUUCGCCAUUUGUCUCACGGGUUCAACCCGUGCAAGCGGGGUCGUAUUCUUCGGCCCCGGACCCUACCAUUUCCUUCAAAAUACGGACGCUUCCACUAACCUAAUUUACACCCCUCUCCUUCUCAACCCUACCAGCACCGCGGCCGCCUACUCGAAACCCGAACCCUCCUCCGACUACUUCAUCGGAGUCACAUCGAUCAAAAUCAACCUAAAAACGGUACCCAACAUCGACGCGUCCUUGUUAGCCAUCGACCGCGAAGGGAACGGCGGAACGAAAAUCAGCACCGUGACCCCCUACACGGUUUUACAAACUUCAAUUUACAACGCCGUGACAAAGUUUUUUAAGAACCAGCUAUCCGGGAUACCCACUGUGCGCGCGGUGGCGCCUUUCGGGUUGUGCUUUAACUCGACCAACAUCGGCAGCACCCGGGUGGGACCUGGUGUGCCGGAAAUCGAUCUGGUGUUGCAGAACGAGACCGUGUAUUGGAGGAUUUUCGGGGCGAAUUCGAUGGUGCAGGUCAGUGUCGAGGUUUUGUGCUUGGCGUUUGUGGACGGAGGUGUGAACCCGAGGACUUCGAUUGUGAUCGGCGGGUAUCAGCUGGAGGAUAAUUUGCUGCAGUUUGAUCUUGGUGCAUCAAGGCUUGGGUUCAGCUCAUCUCUUCUGUUCAGGGAGACAACUUGUGCCAACUUCAACUUCACAUCCAAUGCUUAGAGGGUUUCAAUACUUUCAAAUGGUGCAGACCCGGAAAAUUUUUCGAAGAAAAGUAUUCGUAACGUUGAUACUUAAUUUUGUGAGAUUUUCCGGGUCUGUACUAGUUUUUGAAGCAACUUUCUACAUUACAAAUAAAUGGCAAUGUUGGGUCAAAUUUCGACCAAAAAAAGGGGAAAGUUGGAUAAUUGGUCGGAGAGGGUUCUAUUUUAUACGUAGUCGAUAUAAUUGUACUUCAUUCUUCACUUCUACGUAGUGCAUGUGGGUAGUGAAUACACUCAAUUAUCCAGUUUAGUGGCCACAUAAAA